AAUGUUGGCAACAUUGAUAUCAAAGUAUACGUUCGAUUGUGUGCGUGAGUAGCUGUCGACGAACCAAAUUGAUAAGUUUGUUUUGUCAAAAAAAUAAUACCAAUUUAUAAAUUCAACGGACUUCAAGCCAUGUGACAAGUGACUAACAAAAAUGAUAAACAGUUCAAUAGUUUAAAUUAAACACAAAUCUACACCACGUUUUGAAAUAAGUUUCGGUGGUAAAAUGAAGUGUAUUGCUGGGAGUCUCGGUGGAUGUCACACGCGAUCUCACUUUGAGGAGGUCUCAGGAAUUGAGUAAAUUUUCGAGGAGGAAUCGUUACAUGUACGCAGCGGGAAUGACAAUAAUGGCAGUUUCUGUUGGCGAAAUUUGCGAGAACACCAAGCUGGCUCGGGAGAUGGCCCUCACGGGUAAUUACGAGUCAGCGCUGGUGUACUACGAAGGGACAGUUCAGAUGAUACAUAGACUGCUGGUGACCAUCGCAGACCCCACACGAAAAUCCAAGUGGCAGUUGGUACAAAAACAGAUGGCGCGCGAGUACGAACAGCUAAAGGCGACAGUGGCCACGCUGCAGAUGUUCCAGCAUGAGGGGGAGAAGGCCAUCACGCCUAUGACUGGCAAUUACGAUGACUUCCCAACGCGAGACCAGAUGUGGGGACCGGCGCCGCACGAGCUCGACCCUGACAUAUGGCCGCCGCCGCCGGACCGGGACCCCAAUGCUUGGCCCUCGCCCACCAGCGUCGAACACAAAGGACCUCCACCCCUGCGCUCUGCGCGCAACAACCCCCGCAACGCACCUACCAAGAAACCAACCGGCAAGCAAGCAACCACGUCGCAACGCAAAACUUCAGAUGUGCGGAACCCUAAGCUCGCGGGCAACAAGAAUCACAGUCACAGUGCAAGAUCAAAAGAGGCGAAUAGCAAAGAGCCCGCGGGCGGCAAAGAAAAGCAGGACCGCGACAACAACAACGGCGACACAGACGACGAGAAGCACAGCAAGGAGGACGAGCGGCGGUUCGAGCCGGCCGCGGCCUGCGACGGGGACCUCGUGGACAUGCUCGAGCGGGAUAUAGUACAAAAGAACCCCAACAUCCGGUGGGACGACAUCGCGGAUUUAUCAGAAGCCAAGCGGCUGCUAGAGGAGGCCGUAGUCUUGCCAAUGUGGAUGCCUGACUUCUUCAAGGGCAUCAGACGGCCGUGGAAAGGCGUGCUGAUGGUGGGUCCGCCGGGCACGGGCAAGACCAUGCUGGCCAAGGCCGUCGCCACCGAGUGCGGGACCACCUUCUUCAACGUGUCCUCAUCCACUCUCACCUCCAAGUACCGCGGCGAGUCCGAGAAGCUCGUGCGACUGCUCUUUGAAAUGGCGCGGUUCUACGCGCCGAGCACAAUCUUCAUCGACGAGAUCGACUCGCUCUGCUCGCGGCGCGGCUCCGACAGCGAGCACGAAGCGUCGCGUCGCGUCAAGUCGGAGCUGCUGGUGCAGAUGGACGGACUCGGCUCCGCCACGGAUGAACCCCACAAGGUGGUGAUGGUCCUAGCAGCGACCAACUUCCCCUGGGACAUCGACGAGGCGCUGCGGCGGCGGCUGGAGAAGCGCAUCUACAUCCCGCUGCCCACGCAGGAGGGCCGCGAGGCGCUGCUGGCCAUCAACCUCAAGGAGGUCAAGCUGGACCCCGGGGUCGACCUCGCCUCCAUCGCCAGGAAACUGGAGGGCUACUCCGGCGCGGACAUCACUAAUGUGUGCAGAGACGCGUCCAUGAUGUCGAUGCGGCGCAAGAUCGCCGGCCUCAAGCCGGAGCAGAUCAAGCAGCUCGCCAAGGAGGAGCUGGACCUCCCCGUCACCAAGGCGGACUUCCUCGACGCACUGCACAAGUGCAACAAGUCCGUCUCCAAGGGGGACAUACAGAAGUACUUGUCGUGGAUGGCCGAGUUCGGCUCCUCUUGAUUGUUGGUCUGAAUGAAAACGGACGUUACGGCUGCUUUAGACGGCGCGCGGACUCGCAUGCGAUUCUAGUUACGUUGCCGACUGUUGGUUACGACCGAUCAAAUACCGCAAUGUGAUGAAACUGAGUUCUCGCAUCGUCUAAAUGAGCCCUUAUAUGAGCGUGUCGGAUGGUUGUUGUUGCGACACUGAUAAAAAAAUUAAAAAAGUUCCACAGCUGCAGACAAAUGAUGGCCAUUCCAUUCGUGCCAGCUUUCGUUAAUCGACCUGUAACCACCACGCUGCCACGGAUACGAUACGACCAUCGUAUCCAUACUAAUGUAGCGGUACGGCACCAUACAAUAUGCGGUAACUUAAAAGUCACCAAUAGCUCAGAGACUGAGCUUUCCUCGGAAAACAUAUAAAAACUCAAAAAUGCGCGUUUUCCCAGAGAUAAGAUCCGGUAGAUCGAUUUUUCGCCCCCGUAAACCGCCAUAUAGCAAAUUUCAUCGAAAUCGUUAGAGCCGUUUCCGAGAUCCCCGAAAUAUAUACAUAUAUAAAUAAAUAUACAAGAAUGGCUCGUUUAAAGGUGUAAGAUAAAACAUACGGCGCCGUACACUGCCAUCUAAUUUAACUGUCAAACUUUUUUUUGAAACAUAACUCUUUCAAAUUAGGGGGGGAUGGACAUCGGAUGAUGACGUAGGAGGACACGGGGUCAUUCGAAGCAUGAUUUUAGGGGGGGGUCAAAAAUCGUCAAAAAUAGAUGACGUAAUUUAUGAACAGCCCCUAUAGUAUCACACUUUGCUUUAAUGACAGAGAAACAUUGGACAAAGAAAUUUGACAGGUGGAAUUUUUAACGAUCGAACAUCUCGAAAAUUGGAAAAUUCAAUUUAGGACAAUACAUGAAAAAUCUAAAAUUAGAGGUAUUAUCAUUAUUAUUUUUUUCUUUGAGCUUGAUAUUUUAUCAGUGUCGCAAACACAACUAGUUUAAAUCAUAGAGACACCAUACGUCGACAGUUUCAUUUGUAGUCAGUUCUGAGUGUUCUAAUCACCAAAUUUUAUUGAACACGUUUUAGUGCAAGAAAUUACUGUUUUGGUCGCGUGUAAUACGUAUAUUUCAAUCAAAACUUACAACAAAUUAGUAACUUCUAGUACUAAAACCGAUUUGACUAAAACAGUAAUAAAUAUGUAAAAUCAAGCGACAAAAUGUGUGGUAAUUUUGGUAUAUGGAAUUGACACAUAGAGGGCGAAAUAUAAUGAAAUUAUCCACUAUAUUAGCAAGUCGGGACCCUAAGAACCCCACAGAAAUCUAAUAUCAUUCGUGUAUAACACACUAGAGAAAUAUUCCGUUACUGUUUUAAAUCGUGAUUCAAUUGCAAAAAUAAAUGAAAAGUGAAUCACUUUAUGCCUUAUUAACUCAUAGACGUGUAAGCUAUCGGAGCAACAUUAGGACUGUUUCAGUAUUAAUAAAGCAAGUAUAUUACAUUUUAUAGUGGCAUAUCGAAAUUGUUUAAUAAUAAGUGUCAGUGAAGUGUAGGAAUCAAUUAUCAAGAGGAAGACAUUCCGAUUUGAAAUUAAUAUAAUUUAUAGGCUCUAACCUAAAAAAGUGUAUAAUAAAUUUGGCAUUUUAACCUUUAAAAAGAUACACUAUUUUUUCAAGAUAAAUCCAUAGUUUUACAUAGCACAAACUGUAAUGAAAUAGGAGUGUACAAUAUUUAAAAGCGAGUUCGCUAUAUUACAUAUAUCCCAAUAGUAUAGAUCUGCAGGUUUUGUACAUCCAGUGACCACCCUAGCCAUAGCGAGCGCCUUGCCUCAACCUUUGUAAAUUAAAUGUCACAUUUAGACAUUUAUAUACAGAAUUAAACUUAAUCAGUUUAUGAAAAACCGAUGCGUUAUUAAUUUGAAGCAGAUAUAUUUGCGAGUACACAUCAGUUCCUUUGGUAUCGUCUUGGGUCGUCCCAUUCGUUUUUCGUCAAGUUCUUAAAUUAGUCCUAUUCUGCUUUCGUCAAUCAUUCUACAUUGAAAGCCUCCGACGAUUGUGACGAAUGUAGAAUGGGUGACGAAAGCAGAAUAGUACUAAUUUAGGAACUUCACGAAAAACGAAUGGGACGACCCAAGACGAUACCAUUCCUUUCAAAAACUACAUUCUUGUGACAAAUCUGUUACUUUGUUAUUAUUUUAGAGCAGUGAUCUUUGUACUUAUUAGGUUAAAUUCGAGAUUUGUUUAUUGUUAAGAAAUAAUUAUAUGCCAUAACUAAUUUAUGUGUACUUUUUAUAGAUUUAUAUUGAAAAAAAAUCUUAACUUUAUUUUGAUAAGUAUGAAUUAUAUAUUUGGCAUUUAUUCAUAAUUUAGCUCAACUAAAAUCUAGAAUUGUGUUUGGAGUUUUUUUUAUAAGAGAUUGUGAAUACCUUUAUAGCCUAUAUGACCAAAAAAUGUUUUUUGUACAUAAACACAACAGGAACUUCCCGCGACCACCGCAUGCAUGUGCCUAAUGCUUUUAAUAUCUAUGACAUGUUUUUUUAUGGAAAUAAAUUUCAAUUCUUUAAUAAAACGCAAUUGGAAAACUAAAUCUUAACAAUAACGGCGAUGUCGGCGAUUAUUAUCAUUUAAAAUUUCCUACUAAUUAUCUCGAAAAUAAAUAUGUAUGGUUUGUAAUUUGUAAUCAACCUUAGGUUGCUAGUUUAAGAAUAUGAUUGUUAUUACCUCUAAGAUCUCUUACAUAAUAUAAUAGUAAUAAUAUUCUUGAGCUUGUAAAGCCUAAAACUAUAAUUAGUGGUCCUCUAACUAUAAAAUUUAAUGAUUGUGUGACACAUAAUUACGAUGUGGUAACUCGUACCAUAAACCGUUCAUGGUAAUCACUGUGAGAGUGAAAAAUUACCCCAGUACAAUAUACAAACUUAAACUAGUAUGGGAUACUGUAUGUAUCAAUAUAAUGCUGAUACAUAGAAAAAAGACAAACUAAUUUACACCUUUCACUUUCACCAUGUUGAUUUUCAUGCUAAAUAUGGAGUUCUACGACGUCCUCCAAAUGCAAUGCCGGAACAUGAUAAAUGAAAAUUUUACAAUCUCAUUUUACAAGUUAGAGGACCCAAGAUCUAUUUUUGCAAUCUUGUUAACAAAUCUUGCGUUAAAAAUAGAUGAAAUAAAACCAUUUUAAUACUGAA